UGCUUCUGGUGCACUUGGAGACGCUCUUGAUACCGAGAUUGCAGGGUACUGGGUUACGAUGCGAGUAUGCACUGUAGAGGGAUGACUCAACGUCUAGCGGGACGGUCUGACAAAACGGAUCCCAGAGGUAUGGCCAGCAGCACGGAGGAUUACGGCUCGGAAUUGCAGGAGCUGCAGUGGGGCGGCGGCACCGGAUCUCACUUCCUGCGCAGCGGUUCUCACUUCCUGAGGAGCGGGACCGGCGGUUGCUACGAAGCCGAGGAUCUGGAGCCGGCAGGCAGGCACCAUGCUGGCCAGCACAGGGGAUAUUACAGCCCUCCGGGGACAAGUUACACGAUCGUCGAGAGACCGCCGAGCGCCCAGCAUUACCAUUCGUCGCACACCACACCGUACAGGCACAGGGGACACGCCGCCGCCGCCGGUACCGGCGCCAUCUCUCCGGAACAGGUGCUUAGACUGUUUGGUAAUGGCGUCUCGGAGCGACGACAGGGCGACCGCAGGACACCGGCGUCGUCGCCAGCGAGCGUCGCGGCGGUCAGGACCUCGUCGUCCUCGUCGUCGCAGCAGCAACAGCAGCAACAGCAACAGCAACAGUCGCAGCAGUCCCAGCCGAACACCGCGAACCCGCCAACCUCGCCGAGCUCUCAGCCGCUCAGCCUGCAGGAGCUCACCGUAAGGACAGUGACCAUGACGAGAGAUCCGCCGGACUCUCACCAUGGCUUUGGGAUCUGCGUGAAGGGUGGCAAGGACGCAGGUGAGAUCCGAAGUACCUUCAGGCUACCCCCGUCGCCGUACUUCGCGCCUCAAGACCGAGGGGUGGGUGUCUACAUUUCGAGGGUGGAGGAGGGUUCGGUGGCCGAGCGAGCUGGACUCAGGCCAGGAGACACCAUCUUGGAGGUGAACGGCACACCCUUCCGGUCGGUAACCCACGAGGAGGCCCUCAAAAUGCUAAAAUCCUGCAGGACUCUGAGUAUGACGGUUCGGGGACCAGCGCUGGAUCCACGUUGUAGAGUCGGUCAUCCGGUGUGGUCCACUUCCGGUCGCCAGCAAUCCUGCAGCUGGAUGGACCGUCAAGGUCGCCCAGCCUCGCCACCACCCGUGUACCCUUCCAGAGACUCGAGGUAUUGUCCAAGGACCAGGAAGGUCGAGCUCUGCAUCGAACCCGGUCAAUCGCUGGGCUUGAUGAUCAGGGGCGGCCUUGAAUACGGUCUUGGAAUUUACGUCACCGGUGUCGACAAGGACAGCGUAGCUGACCGAGCUGGACUAUUGGUAGGCGAUCAAAUAAUCGAGGUGAACGGGCAGAGCUUCGAGGAGGCGACCCACGACGAGGCAGUGCAGAUCCUGAAGACGAACAAAAGGAUGACUCUCUUAAUUCGCGACGUCGGGAAAGUACCACAUUCCUGCACCACCAGCCAGCCGAUGGUGAUGCCAACGUCUAGGUACUCCGAUCACAACCCGUUGCUAUUGGAGAGCCCCGGAAACCAUCGCCCGCCGAGCCCUUCCAUCGCCAGCGAUUGGAGACAUCGAGGAGGCGUGCAUACGGUGUCCGCCGCGACCGCUGCCAUGGUGGAGGAGAAAGCGAGGGUGGUCCUCGCGAGGAGCGAGAGGGCCGCGCUCUCGCAGCUUUUGGCCGAUUACAGGACCCGCCGUUUGACGAUCGAGGAGCUGGUCGCCAGCUUGGCCGACUUGUUGAACACCCACGAGAAACUGACUUUACUGACCGAGCUCAGGGAGCUCGUCGACAGCAAAGACAGGCCCGCCUUCGACGAUCUCGUUUAUAGGCCUCGCGUGGCUAUCUCAAGGAGAAAAGGCGAUCGCGCUCACUCCGAUCUGAUAGUGACGCCCUCUCUCCACGACCUUCCGAGGGGUGUGCACGGUGGUUGUUGCCGUCCGGGACGACUGGUGGACGUCGAGGGAGAUCCCCUAGGAGUGACAGGGCCGCUCUUGCCGCGGGAGAACCAGGAAUAUAGAUCGCCGAGCGAGGACAGCGGUCUCGGGGCCGACAUGCCCAGGACGAGAGCGGGCUGCAGGAGGACGCAGCAGCACCAAGUGACGACCUCCGACCUCGCCCUCUCCAACGACGACGAGUGCGACAACCAGGACUACGAGGACGAGCUGGAAAACGGUCGCGGGCGCAGGCACAGCUCGCCGAGCGGCUCCCGCGGCAACCCACGGGACUACGGACAUCACCACCUUCAUCCGGACAAUCUGGAGAGCGACGGUGUUUGCGAUGGUAGCGACGCCGAGAUGAUCGGUAACGGGAGACGCGGAGGCGGAACAGAAAGGGAUCGCGAAAUGGAGGAGGAUGAGGACGAAGGAAGGGAGGAAAGGAGCUCGGAAGGUGGAGGUGGUGGAGGUUUCGGUGGUUGGAGGUCCCAUUUGCUCGGUGGGCUGACGCAACGUGUCAAAUCCUGGUACUGGGGCGCCAGGCCCCUCGAACUCGCGCACAAGCUCUCGCGGAGCUUCGACAUGCAGGAAGCGCAGCUCCUCGAGGAAGGCGGUUCCGGUGGCGGGUCCGCCGGGGCCGGUGGUGCCGGCGGCCCGCCGAGGAGACACCACAGCGCUCAAAGGUUGACCAGGAGCGAGAUGUCGGAGAGAAGGGAGGAGGACGGCGCCCUCGUGGUACCUGAUCAUCAGGGGAACCUUAGGAUCACCGUGAAGAAGACCAAAUCGAUUUUGGGCAUUGCCAUCGAGGGGGGUGCUAACACCAAGCAUCCGUUGCCCAGGAUCAUCAAUAUACACGAUAAUGGAGCAGCUUACGAGGCUGGCGGGCUGGAAGUCGGUCAAUUGAUUCUAGAAGUUGACGGCCACAAAGUCGAAGGUCUCCAUCAUCAGGAGGUGGCGAGACUGAUCGCGGAGUCAUUCGCAAGGCGCGACCGCAACGAGAUCGAAUUCCUGGUGGUCGAAGCAAAGAAGAGCAACCUGGAGCCGAAGCCCACGGCUCUGAUAUUCCUGGAGGCGUAGCAGGAAUCUCCCACCUCCGAGCCGGAGCCACCGUAGCCCAACGCGUCCAGAGUUCGACCCUUGACGCGAGUCGAGCGUCCAGUUCGACGCUGAACCGCGGCAAACCUCGCGGAGGAAGCUGAAGAGAUCGAGAGAGCCGAAAAAAGAAACGGAACAGAGACGCGAAACUCCAGUCAAGUCAAGCACGUCAGGCUGAAGAAGAAGCUGAUAAGAAAGAAGACCAGACGUGCCUGCUCUUCAAUUUCUCCGCAACGCUCACAAUCUGAUGGUCGAGCUCUGAGUCGGGGUGCUAAUUGAACCUGGCCCUGGUGGUGGGAAUUACCGAAGAAGAAACAAAUCGAGAACCGGAGGACAAUUGGACGGUGAUACGGUGGCUCGAUUAGCGAGUCUCGAUGGUACGACGACUGUAGGAUCGUUGUCUGUAGUCGGGUUGUCCUCGUUCGUAGGCUAGCCUUCUAGCAGGCUAACCAAACUGACGCUCGCUUUUCGGGGUUAACACUUCGAGAACAGUAGAAGCCGAUGAAUCGAGGGGACGAGGAAGUGCGCGAUAGACGAUCCAGCUGUGGAUAAAAGGGGACAAUGAGGAUGACAAGAGAUGUUCGUAGAGGAUGAUGUCGGCGAAAGACGCUUCACGUGUGAGGAUCACGACGCGACGGGGACGGAAGUUGACUGUGCCAAAAUAUUAGGGAUUGUUUCGUGUAUAGUAAUUAUGAUAUACUAUUAAUCGUAAGGGAGAUCCUCGGUUCGAGAAGGAUUCUAGAUGUUCAGGUAACGUGGUGGGACACGCCGGCUAUACGUCGCCGCUAUCGCUGACGCGACCGUCCCACUGGACACUCAAACUAACAUGGACAUUAAACACGGAUCUGGUUCAUGCGAGUACGGCCGUGUUCCAUGGCGUCGAUCACGCGUGGAACACGGACGCUCGCUGUUGACUAAUGCGUUAUCGAAGACACCGGCUGAUGCCGUCGAUCAGGAUUUUUGUUGAUCGGCUAAUAAAGGGAUGGAUGAUCAAGUUUGGAGGUUAGGUUGACCAGCCGGUUCCGCCAUUUUAGAAACUCUUUGGCGACUCGGUGAAUCCUUGUUUCGAAUAAUGUUCUCGUAUGAAUAUCGAAACUUUGUUAUCUUUUCUUUUCUAGGACUGUUCGUUCACCGAUCUCGCCUAUUAAUCUUUCGCUCAUUUUAGAAUUAGAGGAAGCGUAUAUUGUAUGUUAUUCGUUUGAGGAUCACGGCUCUGAAAUCUGGUUGUUGCUGUUUUAUCCAGUUGUUGGAAAUAAAUUAUGCAUUAGAUGUAGUGUUUAAAUACUAUAGAUAUCAUUUGUUACAAAACAAUUGAAAGAGAUUGAGAAUUGUCGUUUUAGAGAAGUUGUAUGUAGUAGUAUUACUGUGAUCUAAUAUGGCGGACGAGAGGCCAGCAGCAACUCAGCGUUAGCAACGAGGAAAUUCUAUUGGGAACCCAAUUCCGUUCAACGUCCCUCGAAACAAUGGAUAUUCUGUUCCUUUCCGCGAGAAAUCGACGUUAGAGAAUAAUUAAUUAAAGAAUUGUUAAUUCGAGCGUAAACUUUCUGAGAAUGUCAGUGCAAUUCCGAGAGGAAACAACAGGCCAGAUCGACGGAAGUCCUGACCGAGCCGAGCCCGCGACUAACCACAGACUUAUUAUGGGAAUUGUUGAGGCUUAACAAAGUAUAUUAAUACAUAACGUAUAUAUUAUAUGAUUAUAUUAUUGACUAUCGUAGUGGAAUUGCAAACUUGUACCUACCGGUGGCGGCCGGGCACGCGCCGCGACCUGCUGUCGGACCGCGCGUGCGCGGCGGCCGAGCGAGAUUUAAAAAAAAUGGAAAAAAAAUUCUAUAAGUGUGCGAUAUUUUCAAAAUGUUACUAAACAUAGAGACCGCGUACUUAGUGUCGGGCCUGAUUCAUGUCGGUGUUCGAGCCGCGGAGGGAUCGCGGACGAUCGCAAGCGUGGCCAUGGACGAAGGGAAGAGGAUCGUCUCGAGGUUCAUCGGAAGCCGCGCGAGAAAGACAGACGAAAACCUUGUUCACGGUGUUGAAUGUGGACAGUCAUUCGUAGACUACGGAUUUCUAUGCAAAUAUAGAUUCUUAUGUUGUGAUCCGGAGAAUAGAAUCAAGAUCGUAUAUCUGUUCAAUCCUAGAGAAAUUUCUUUUUGUCGGCAAAAUAUUUUCAUUAUUGCUCGAAAGAGAAUAGAAUCCAUAAUUAUAAGGGUUGAUAACUGAAAUGAUGGUAAUUAUAUAUAAACAGUUGAAGGAAGAAAUGUGUAAUGGAAGGAUUGAUACAUUUUGAAUCAAGAUUUUGAUUGAUGUAGAAGUGAUACUUGUUUAUUCGUAACAAGAGAAAAAUGGAAUUUAAAGAAUUAAGAAUUUUGCAAGGUUUGGUAUAAAACGAGCAGUUUAUUCGGAUUAAUCGGAUCUUCGAGGACAUUGAAUCUUAAAAUGUCGGUUUCUGUUACAAAUGCAUAAAAUUCGCAGUCUACUAACUUGUUUGCGCAAGUGGAUCGCGCAGCGAUUGUUUAUCGGGUCGUUAUUUGAAAGUAGAACGAUCCUGUCGUUCGAGAACGACAUAGGCGAAAUUCGAAAACGUUUUCCACGAAAAUACGAUUUUCUUCGAUAUCUGCGCCGUUCAUGGGAAUUAGCCAUUUUAUACGAGAAACAGACGAUUCUUGGAAACUUCGCAGACAGGAUUUUGUAUGAAAUACACGGUAUCGUAACAAUAACAGUGAACAAUCGAAUUUCUAUCGGGAUUUUUCUUUUAAAUUUUUCAUUUUCUGUGAAGGGAUAAGACUAAUGUUUAAACUUCAACUAACCAAUGAUCUUUCUAUGAAAGCAAAUAAAAACAUAGACUAAAUUUAGAAUUCUAUUAUUAAACCGUUAAUUACAAUGAUAUUAAUAUUCCGUAAAUAAUUAGAAACUUCGAUGUUCACUUGUUUUCAUCGCGUGCCGCUUAUACGUUUAAUCAUUUGAAACCUGAAUUUCGCAACUGUCGAUCGUCGAACGACUCGAGGACACUGGCGGUUCUCGUCAUCGUGAUUCGAAUUUGUCACGGUUUUUUGUUUCACGGAUUUCAUGUUUCAACUCUUAGGGUAAGUUUUUACCGAAGCGACGAAAGUUUAAUGUUAAUAGGACCUGUAAUAGGAUCGUAUGAUUUGCUUUGGAUUUAGAGUUCCGCGUACGUCGAACGAUUCGUUGGAAUUUUAUUUUAGGCAGAUAGGUCACCGUUUCCGGCACGUUAAUAGAAGCCAUUCGUAUCGUAAUCGUUAAUCAGGCUAAUUGUAUUUAAACGAGUAGCGGUUUAUCAUUGGCGAAGUAAAACGGUAGUAGCUGUCGUCGUUGUGGAUAGUUACGGUUGAAAACGCGACUUGUUUAACGUCUUCUACCCGUUGCCAGUUGAUUAAAUGUAAUUUCCCGGUGUAGUCGAUCGGGCCCGCGCGACGCACCGACAUCGUGGCCGAUCGUCCGCGAUCGUCUCGCUUUAAAACUGAAAAAACCAAAAAAAUGAGAUACCAUACAAGCGAAAACCGUGCAAAGCUUCAGUAGAAUUGUCGCGUAUGUGUAAAACGAGAGAAAUAAGCCGAAUCGGACGGCGAGUCGAUGGGAAGAACGAAGAAACGAUCGGAUGCGAGACACCAGCGAUUCAAAAAUUCACGUUAACGUCACCUUCGAUUGAUUGUAUCUGCGAUUUCGUUGAUCCCUCCAUCGCUGAAUCUGAUAAUGAUGUAACAGAAAAAGACCCACGUUUACGCAUUGUGAACCGACCCAUCGGAAACCGGACCGUGAAAUUUAGAAUGUUCACGGAUUACCCUGAAAGGAUAAACGUUAAAUCUUGUUUCCACUAAUAAGAAUUUUAUCGCAUAAAAACGAGGCUAGUCUGUGAUAAUAUAGAACCGUACGUUUUAUUGAGAUCGUAACUUUAUUAUGACUCGUUUGUUCGUUUACUGUAAAUAUCCAAGAGUUUCCUAUAUACAGUUAAUUGUUGCGGCGAAUUUGGAAAGUGAAAAUUAUAAUUGUCGAACGCUAGAAAUUUUAGGAAUGUUUAGAAAUUUUACGAAAUUUCAGGUGCACUUGGUUAAAGAAGAAUAGCGUUGACGUAGAGCUCAUCGGACAGUUAAAUUUGAGAAUUAUAUUCACGUUUUGGACGUUCCAUCGCGAGCUGUAUUAUUACUGUACGUUUAGAUCCGACUCGGUUCACAAUGUGAAACGGAAGUCAGUAGAAUAACAAAGUCGCUUUAAUCGAGCCAGGAACAUUAUGCCACCGGAAGAACGUGUUAUUUUGUUAAGGUUCCCUCUCACGUUAAAUUUGUGAUAUAUCUCUACCAAUAUUAACAAUUUGCAGUUCACAAUCUAGACAAAUGAUUCUCAAUAAACGAUCAUCAAUCGAGAUUCAAAAUGACUCUCCAUUUUCAUUAGUGUGCGAUAAGAACGACGGUGACCCGAAAUUCACUAACGCGAACGAAUCAAAUUUACUGAUUACUGAUUAAAAAGAAAACAUUCAACUUUCAACAACUAAACAACUUCAAACGUCGAAUCUGAUGGUGAUACCCAAAGCUCAACACCGCAAACAAUUUAUAUCUUCUCGAAAAAAUCGCUGUGUACAAGGUUAUCGUUUGAAUCCACGGUCGAUCGAGAAAACCCAAAUAAACAGACAAAUUUCGAAGUUCGUUCGCUCUUGUCGCAACUUAAUCGGAAAUUGAUCCCGACGCAAGUCGACGGAGAUCGAAUUUUCUGGUCGUUGGUGUGCGCCAUCGCGAGGACAUGUUCGAGCGAAAGGGUACGCGUUUCGGUAAAUGUGCCAAAACCGGGAACCAGCGGAACAAACGUAGGAAGAAACGUAGUGGCCGGACGAGUGGCGUGAAAACGAAAAAGGGGGAACCAGUUGGAAGGAGUCAUCGACGAACGAUUGUUCAAAGGAAGACGACGGAAGAAGAACCAAGAGACGGAGAAGACCGCUUCGUUUUCUUCGACGGUGAAUCCGAGGACAGACGAAAACCGGAAAAGAGAAACCAGAAAAUGGUCCAGGGAUCGAGCGAAGAAGAAACCAAUGGCGGCUAGCUGCUUUUCGGCUAACAAAAGUAUAUACCUCGUGCUAAUAGUAUUUCUUCCUGUUUUCGAAGCGAAUUUUUAAAAAGAAAGAAACAGAAGAAGAAGAAGAAGAAGAAAUAGAGGAGGGAGGAGGAGAUAAUAUAAAACGAAGCAUCCACGAUUGCACUCGCAGCCCCGGGGACACUGGGAACGUAGCGACGAAAGAAGCUUGUGAAAACAGAUCGACUGGGGCGCGACAACAAAAAAAAAGAGCAAGAUGAUAUUUUUGUAAAGCGUUCGAUGUACCGCAAUCACCGGGGCGAUUCAAAGAUCUCAGCUGACAUAUCCGACAAUGCCUUACCGCUUUCAACGAGAAAUUAACCCUUGGACUUUAAGCGUCGCGAUUGAUCGAGGCUUUCUUUCGGGGAGGGGAACGGUCGAUCCGAAAUUUUCCGAUUGGUCAGUGAACGUGGAAACGUGGCACGAUGCAAGGAACACUGAUCGUGAGACUCGUGUACUCGAUAAUUGUGUGCCUUCGGCUGGACCGAUCUGGAAGAAUUAUUCAUAUAUGUUCACAGUUUCGUUGAAUCGAUUAGUUGGCCACGAUUGUUCGUGAAAUCGAGUGAGCAAGCUGUGCGUCCAUGAAAGGAAACUUUAAUGGUAGUUUCAGUGAAAAAAGAUUAUAUCAAUUCAGUGACAUACAUCAGCCGCCUAAUAAUUAUUAAUGUAUUAGCAAAGAAUUUCGUUGUAUAAUUCUAAAUGAUAUUUUACAAAAACACACUAUUGAAUCUUUAAUAGCAAUGGCAAGUCUCGGUGAAUGCGAGCCUGUCCCAGCGAAAUGCAGCAUUGAUGUAACGUUAAACUUUAGGUUUCAAGAGUUCAAAAUCCAGAAACAAUUCAGUGCAAAAAUAAUGCAUUUUUGCCACCGGUCCAGCAUGAAAGUACACAACGAGAAAACAGAGAGAGGCAGUAAAGGUGAAACGAAGGAAUCGAAGAAAAAAAAACUGCCAAACAUAAACAAUUACCCCGAGGAUAUCAGAAUUUGAAAGGUUUCGAGCUUCUCACGGUCGCUGGCCCGAAAAAAAAGAAUCCUGUCGAACUAAGGGAUAGUUGCCAUAUAGAUGAUUCGCCAGUAGAUAUUUUUCCACACGCGAGUUUUUCCCCGCCGGCCGAGCAGACGGAAGUCUGCGACUGGAAUCAUUAAAAGCGUUCGCUCUCGAUCGGUCGCUUUCCAAUUCCCGAUGGAAAAGAAACAUACCACGGGAGCACGGCGAACACGGGCGAUUGAUUCACCGCGCGCCAAUUAACGAAACCCCUGUUGUUUCUCUGGCGAUGCGAAUCGAAUGAUCGGCCGCCUCCGUUGUCCCGAAUCGCACUGUUCUGUGGCCAAAAUUUAUAACAUCUUCCCGUGAAAUGAUACUUAACCUGUUAACUACGGAGUUUACUUUAAAAGAUCUCUCAUUAUGCGCGCAAUAAAAUCAAACGAUAAAGUGUAUACUAAUCAAAAACAGAGCAAAUGCAUCUAUAAUAUAUUCUAACGAUAAGCUAAAACAAAACAAAGAAGAAUUACGUGUUCAUCUGAAAAAAUCAAGAAUUCAUCGUUGAAGAAAUUAGUAUCAUUUUGCUUUUUAGAACGUGUAAAACGGUUAACACUUUGAUCACGAGAAUUUCGAGCGCUUAGUGUAACACUACUUAUUGUUUCGUAACAAAGGCAAAUGAUAUUAGAAAUAAUUGUCAACGGUUUAGUAUCACAGUGCUUGUAUUGCAUUAUUAUCUAGCUGCUUAUGUUAUCGCAUACACUUAUUCGACAACAGUUGUCUUACUGUAAUUGCUACCAAGGAAUUUGGAAGCUCCAGUGAUCGGUGACUACUGUAUCAACAUGUUAACACAUUGUUGACCGGCAAUUUUAGGCAGUAGCUACCACACACCACCGGUUAUUAUUCCGUAAUUAAAUAUAAAAGUGAAACAAUCUAAAUGAACUUCAAUAUACAUGGUUUAUACAUAAUGAAUUGAAAUGAAACUUUGGACAUAUCUUUUAUAUAACUUUCGCGUUUUAAAAAUUGAAAUAGCUAAUGCAAGUUCAAACACGAGUUAACCCUUCAUACUCGUAUAUCAUGCUGAUGAUGACAAUACCAAUUCGUUAUAGAACCUUGGAAAUUGUUUGAAAAAGUACCACACUUUAAAGGAUUAUUAACUUAACACAGAAUCUACGGAGCAAUUAAAUUGACUUUUCGAAAUUUCUCUAUGGAAACUCCAAGAUUGCAUCUAUUGAGUCUUUAAUCGAUGUAGAAUUCAGUUUGCGUAUUAGUAAAUCAAUUUCUUCAAUAAUUUCUCGGAUACAGCUGUUAUUUUUUUAAUAAUUACAAAAAGGAGAAAUCCAGAAUGGCUCGUUUUGACCAUCCUCACAGUGCAGCCAAACGCCGUUUUCAGGACAAAACUCACUAUCUUAAAAGUAUGAAUGACAGAUAAAAAUGCUUCAAACAAAAAUUGUAAAGUAUAAAGCUAAACAUAUGGUGAUUAUAUUUUUGUUUACAUUAUGAGGAUAUUAUGAAGUUUCUUCAAUGACAAUGGACACUCUGCGUGUCAAUCCCAACGUUAUAUAAAUAGAGAAACGGAAUUUGUCUGCACAAAAUUUUUAUUUUUCAAAUGAAAACCAUUUUGUACAGCAGAGACUACUUAGCAAUAAUUUUCGUUAUGUGAAUAGUCGAGUUUUGGGGUUUUGUCCACAGGCGACACUGUGUUAAUAGCCACGAAAUACUAUUCCCGAGACAACGGAGGCAGCCGCGGGACCGUUCCAACGGAUAACGAAUUUCGCCUGGAAAGAUGAAAGCGUCUCGCGUCCGUGCACACAUCGCGAGUGAGCCAGCGAGCGUUCCAAUAAGACAGACACAGGGGAGAGGAAAAAAAGGAAGCAAAAAAAAAAUGGAAGCCGAUAACGGGGCCCCGAUUUCUAUGCGCGAAUUACGAUUGGUCGCCACCUUUCUCCGACGAGACGAGACGUUUGCUUUUUUCCCUCGCCCGGGGAAAAUCCGUCUCAAAUUUUCCACGCAGCGCUGGGCUCCACGCGUGUCUGACCACGCGUUCGUGUCUCCGCGCGCGCCGGUAUACAGUACCGUUUCUCCGCCGCUGCCAGCGGUUUUUUGCUUCACCGAUUCUGUAAGUGUAGACGCUCCUCUGCCACGGGCUCGAUUGUUCUCGUUCGUUUCGUCGUAAUUCGAUUUCUUUCCGUCUGCCUCGAAUCUGAUUCUUGUUUAUUAGAGUCGUUCGCGGUUCGGUUUAUUUAAUGCGAGUAUUUAUUACGAGGAAACGGUAACGUUGGAAGAUGACUCGUAUCAAGUUUCGACUGAAAAGCGCAUUCUUGGAAACUAUAAAUGACUUGGAAACUAUAAGUGAUUUCUGUUUGGUCGGUUUGCAGCCGAUUUUUGUUCGUUACGAUUAUUUGUAGUAUUAACUACAUAUUCAAUUGCUAUAUUAAAAUGAACUACUACAAUCUAUUUUAGUUAGGUUUAUUUGGCGGGAUCAUUUAUUACGGAGGAUAGAAGUAAGAGAUUGUAGAAUAGAAAGGAAUACGUUUUUCUGGUGAUCGGUGAAAUCUAUUUUCUUAUCGAAAGUUCGAUUGAUCAUAGGACAAUCGAUCGUUUAAUUGUGGAUCAUACGAAUCUAUCAUUGGCCAAAUCGAUUAACUCCACUUUUCGAAUUUUUUAAGAUUUCAUAAUUAAAGUGUUCCUCUGGUUCUUGAUUUUGUAUAUUUAAAAUAAAUCUUAUUAUGACUGAGUUUGAUACCAUGAAAUAAUAAAAAUCCUUUUGGUCAUGUAAACAUUGCAAUAAUAAUAAAAAGGACUUCGAAUAUAUACAAUUUUAUGCAUUUUACAUGUUUGUUAGAUUGAAGCUGUUCCUAUAACAAUACAGUAAGAUACAUUCUACAAUGAUUAUUUGAUUUUGCAUUUAAAGGGAAAUUUUGAAAAACGGUAUAUAAUUAUUGCAUCACUUUUCUCUACUUUCUGUUUUGUAGAGUUAAUCGAUUUGCCCAGUGAGUGCUCAUAUUAUAAUCGAAAUCAAUAUUCAAUGGUGGCAAGAAUUCAAAGAUCAUUUAUUUCUAACGGAACCAAUGAAUUCGAAACUAAUGUUCAUUGAAGUCAAAUUACGGAUGAAGGACGACGCUUCUCGAGUUCGUAGCAGCGAAACGAACGGUUCAGUCGACGAAGAAGAAUGAGCCCCGACUAGAUCGUAGUCGCGCGACGAAACGCGAUACGUAGAAAACCGAACGUUGCACUUCGUACUUACGAGGAACCGACCAGCCAAUUACCAGUUCCAGAUAGACCCGCAGUGAAUGUUUUCCGGUAGUGAAUAUUAGGCGAGGCUGGCGAGCGUGACCGCGAGCCGACCGAUCCAUAGACGGUGUGCCCGUAAUUUAGCUACCGCAUGUGACCGACCAAGUUGGACAAAAUCUAAUCUCACUGAACAAUGAAACUGACGGAUUUUGCCUUUGAGGACGAAUGUCGCCAUUUUCGAGAUAUCAGACUUUCAUAUCCGAGAUACAAAGUUAGGAACAUAUAAUGUAUGUUAUAAUUAUUUAAUUAUUCGAAUAUUGAAUUAUCGAUACGUAGUUCUCUUUUACUUUACCAUGAUUUUGAAGCAUAGUUCACCUUCCCUUGUUGAAGAUUUCGAAUAUCUCAAAAAUCCUCAUCAAAAAGUUAAACUGCAACUUCCAUUCGAUCGCGAGUUACUAUCUACAAUCAUUAGACAGUAGGAAUUUCAGAAUGCCACUGCUCUAUUUUCAACUUACAAAAAUUCUCAGUCUUCGUGAUACUUUCCACUCGCGUAAAGAUCAAAUCUAGCAACCAAGGGUCACAGUAAUCAGUUCUGUCACAGUUGUAAACCGGUAACGAUCGAAGAUGAUGAAAGAUAAAGUUAUCGGAUCCAUAUUCGUAUCGUUGUCAGUGAUAUUUAAUCGGAUUACAUUUUGCCCAACUUUGGUGGCCGAGAUUUAUCUCGAAAAGAAGAGCGACAAGAAAAGAAAAAGGGAAAAAACGAAAGAAACGAACGGAUGGAAAUGGAAAAUCGUGUACGGUGCGUGUAUGUGAGACAGACAGUAAACAAGUAUAGCAAAGUGAUUUAUUUUUUCAAAACGAACGACAGACAGAAGGAGAGAGAGAGAGACAGAGACAGAGACACGGGAGCGUACUCGUACCCAUAAAACCUGUUCAGCUUUCGCACCGUUCCAUCGUUUCAAGCAAAACUCGCCUUUUUCUCCGAUCGACCCGACUGGCCUCUGGGCGCGAGCUACGGAGCGGUGCUAUUAGACUGUGACAGCGAUCGAAAGCGAUCCGCGCACCGAUGAAAGGAUACUGGCGUAUUUUCUGCCGAUCCGUUGAAAGGAAUCCUGGUCUACGCUAUCUUUCCUUUUGUUCGCCACGAUACGGAAUUAUUAAUGGGUCGGAAUAAUAGGUUUAACUCCUGUUUCGAAGUUCCCGAGGAAAACAAAGUUCUUGUCAAUUAUUUUUGGAUUCAUUGAUAUUGCGAUUGGUAAUAUUAAUAAUUCAUAAUUGUUACUACAAUUACUGAUGUUGAUGAUUAAAAAUAAUUAAUAUUACGAUUGUUAAUAUUGAUGAUUAAUGAUGAUUAAUAUUUUAUUGAUUGAUAUUGGUAAUUAAUAAUA